AUGAAUGAUGUUCAACUUAUCUCCCACCUCCAAAUUCCACUCAGUGGCUGGUCAGAAGCCUCUAUCUUUGGCCUGAUGGACAAUACCAAAGCGUUUCGCUACUUUAACUCAGGUUCUGUUGGCAAAAGCGUGUCACUAUUUGCAUCCGUGCAAAGGAGCAGGCGCCGCUCCUACAAUGACGCGUUGAGCAGUACCUUCGUAUUGCUGGACGUCUCAAAGGACAAAAUAAUGAGAGGGCCCUCAGAGCAAUGA